CAGUCACAGCAUACGGCCAACAGACAUGAGGUACAGCCGGAACAAGAUUUCAGAGGACUAAAUAAAAGAGGAGUGAAAAAAAUAGAACGGUCCGGCUCUCCUGCACUACGGUCUUAUUCUGAAAACCGUCGAUCACAAUGAACAGCAGGCGGUUGGUUACAUUCGUCGGGGAACAGCCGCUAUUACCAACCGGAACGACGUCUCGCGGCUCAUAUUUCAUGUCGGCGAUGCGCUUCGAAGACUAAACAGAUCGGACGAAGCUUAUGAAAUUUACGACCUCGCUGCUGCUUAUGGAAUUUUUCCCUCAAAAUAUCAAAGAUCAUUGUAUAACGUGGAUAAUUUGAUAUCAAAGGCUUGGUCAUCACUCGUUCAUAUUAUAGAAAUUUUGAAAUGCAACCUUUUCUUUCAGAUAAAAUUUGUACGAAUGUGGCCGAAAACUCACAUCAUGCCUCAUCAUUCGCUAACCAACUGCGUCCUGCAAGGUCAUCUUGGUCUGAUGGUUACGCCGUCCGCUUCCAUCAGGGUUGGAGAAUUUAUUGCGUCAAAUUUCGAAUUCCAGCUAUUUCUGUCUGUCGAAUUCUGGCAUCCUGAUUUAAAUGCCGAGCAACAAAAGUCGGUGCCGUACAUUUUGUGA